CAACACGUCUAUGCCUACUCCUCCAGUCCAAAUGACUACCAUAGCUCAGGGCUACUACAAAUACGCACCACUGGCCGGCCCAGCCAACACUCACUCUCGUCCAGUCAGGCUGUUGAAGAUCCUACCCGGUUCAGAGACGGACGUCAUCGAGUGCAUCCUUCUAGAUGCCGAGCUAGAUACCCAUCCUGAGUAUGAGGCCCUUAGCUAUGUAUGGGGUGUUUCGACUCCAGCUAUAACCAUCAUAUGCUGUGGGCAGCUGAAGACCGUUACGCCGAACCUUGGAGCAGCUUUACGACGACGGAGAUUACCUGAUAAAUCAAGACGAAUGUGGAUUGAUGCGAUUUGUAUUGAUCAAGAAAACUUGGUUGAACGAUUGCAGCAAGUUGCUUUGAUGAGAGACAUAUACUCGCAGCCGACGAGGGUGAUUGUUUGGCUUGGAGAUGACGAAAAUAACAUAGCUCAUGCAGCAGUGUUCGCAAUAGUAUUUGCCAAGAAUAGUAUUAUUUACUGUGUGCACGAGAUUCAGAGUAUAUCAGAUAUGCAUCUGGACGACGACUUUGGCGACGACAUUGACGCCAUGGAGGACUUACUUGGGUCGUCGGAUUGGUAUUUACAACGGAUCAAAAGGCAAGUUCAAUGGUUUUAUGAAAGAGAAUGGUUUGAGAGGAUAUGGGUUCUCCAAGAAGUCGCUUUUUCACACUGUAUGAUGUACAUUGGCAAGCUCGAAAUUGGAUGGAAGGCAGUGGCCUUAGCCGCAACCGUAUUCUCUCGACUCUCUCUCAACUAUGACACUACAUAUAUCCAGAGGGCUCAAAAUAUAUGGGAAAGAAGAAAUUCUCCGGGUGAGCCAUUGCAGAAGGUUUUAAUGCGGCUUCAACAUGAUGAAUUCAGAUCAACAGAUCCGCGGGAUAAAAUUUAUGCUCUGCUGGGUUUGUGUAAACAGACGGAGGAGCACCAGUCUCUCAAGGCGGAUUACGAGAUCACCGUCGGUGAAACCUACACAAGAUUUACUCGGCAUUUUAUUGAGAGCCAAACGACGAGUCCUGACGGGAUCCGGCUCCAAGAUGGUCUUUACGCCUCCUGGAGAGAUCUAGAGAUACUGGAUAGUGUCUCUCAUUCAUCCGCCGAAUUUGAUACCGAUUUUCCAAGCUGGAUACCUCGAUGGGACCAGAAUUUGCCAAGUGAUGCAUUUUCUGAGCAUCCUUGGAAUGUUAGUGGCUUACAUAGAGCAUCUCUCAGAGCAUGGGAUGGUGAAAAUCGGCAUCUGGUACUGAAAGGACUGCUUAUCUCAACUAUCGAAAUUGUUUGGCCUACGAAGCCGGAGAUGGAAGAUGAUCAGUUGGAGCUUGAUGGGACGGAGUAUUUUAGUUAUUCUUCACGAUCUUCACACCACGAAAGUUUCUGGAUCAGAAAAAUAUGGGAUUCCGGGCUCGGUGGGCUCACAUCAUGGGCCGGGAAAGACACGAAGGAGGAAGCCUUCGUUCGAGCGAUUACUGCGGGUGCAGAUUGUCGAUCUUUGGGUUUUUAUCAUAUCCCCAUUCAAUUUUUUGGGAAUGCAUUGAGGAAUCUUCGAGAAGCGGCCCUUCGAUAUAAUCCCUGGUAUUCGUUCUUCGUCAGCGAAGGAGGGCACUUUGGAUUGGCACCUAAAAUAGCUCAACCUGGAGACAUGAUCUGCACCUUCUAUGGGGGCCGACAUCUGUAUUUUCUGAGGAAGGUUGGAUCUUGUUAUCGGUUUCUGGGGAGGGGAUACAUGAAUGAUUACAUGGAGGGACAGGCCAUAGAUGAAAAGGGCGAGGGGAAAUUGGCUGAGCAGUGAUUUGAACUUCGAUGAUUGUUCGUUAACGAU